AUGGCCCCCUUCUUCCCGGAAUUCCCGGUCGCCGUCGCGGCGAUCCAGCAGGGAGGGAGUUCCGGGCCGGACCCAAGGGUGAGUGGGAAAUGGGGAACGGGAUUGGGGAGCGGGAAUGGGGAUGUGAAAUUCGGAAUGAGGAAACAGGAGCGGGGAGGAGGAGUGGGGAAUGGGAACGAGCAGGGAUUGUGGGGGGACGGGCUGUGCAGGACGGGGAGCGGGAAUGGGACCGCGGGGAGCAGGAAGGGUUGGGCGGGGGGGUGGGGGGGGGAGCAAGGAGCCGGAACGGGGAAUGGGGAAGGGACAAGAAACAGGGAAGGUUUGCCGGAACGGGGCGCGGGGCGUGAGAACAGUCAUCAGAACGGGGAACCGGGCUCGGGAAUGAGGAGCCAGAGGGCGGUGAAUCCGUGGAAUCCGUCGCCGCAGACGGCGGUGGAGGCCAAGUCACUGGGUGUAUUUAAAGCGGAGGUCGAUAGCUCCUUGAUUAGUGAGGGCGUCGAAGUCCUCCCAGUGGGAGGACCGGUGCAAGCUGCCGUUACUGCGCCUGCGCGGACCCCGGCAAGCGGCGGCAGCAGCAGCGCCGCCGGCGGUGGGAGGUUGUCGGCGGGUGCGGAGUCCCCCCUCCCCCCACCCCCGCCGGACGGCCGCUGCGCCUGCGCGAGUGGCCCGGUCCUCCCAGCCGGCGGGGCGCGGAGGACCGCCGCCCGUCCCGUGGUGCCCCUCUCGACCUUCUUCCCGUGGUGCCGCGGGACGGGCGGACACGGAGCAAUGGAGUGGCGGCGAGUCCCGGCGCUGGCGGCCCUCUUGGCGGCCGCCGCCUGUCUGUGUGCUGCGGACACGUGCACGGAGCCAUCGAUUGUGCCCUCUUAUUACACGACGUCUGACGCGGUCAUCUCUUCCGAGACGGUCUUCAUUGUUGAAAUCUCCCUCACCUGCAAAAAUGGUGCACAGAACGUGGCACUCUACGCAGACGUUGAUGGCAAGCAGUUCCCCGUCACCCGAGGACAGGAUGUUGGACGCUACCAGGUCUCCUGGAGCGCCGAGCACAAGCUGGCCAGGUCAGGAACGUACGAGGUGAAGUUCUUCGACGAGGAGUCCUACAGCGCCCUGCGGAAAGCUCAGAGGAAUAAGGAGGAUCACUCUACCAUGAAGCCCCUGUUCGCAGUCAGCGUUGAUCACCGAGGCGCCUGGAAUGGUCCCUGGGUGGCGACGGAAGUGGUUGCUGCUGCCAUCGGACUCCUGGUGUACUACCUCGCCUUCAGUGCCAAGAGCAACAUCCAGGCGUGAGGGGGAUGGCGGGGAGCGAGCGGGUGGUCCGGCGCUCUCCCGCUCCCCGGGGGAGGGGUCUGCUCAAUCCCCUGGAGCGGGAACCCGGAGGGUGGUGGUGAUGGGGGGGGGGGGCAGCAAAACAGAAACAGUGAACCCAACGGAAUAAAAGAAUUUCCCUCCA